UGCCUGCGUUUUUAAGUUAUAUCAAUUUCAAACAAGCUAAUCGACGCUCUCUUGUAUUGGUAUUACAUAAUGAGGCAGCAACUCGACUUCCUACGACUGCAGCUGUUGCUCUUGAUGUGUUAAGUUGCCUUAUCCAAUGGGUCUUUGCUGCCAUUCAUGGAUCAUCAAGGCAGUGGCAGUUUGUUAUUGCCUGAUCCGUUCCGGGUGCUAGAGCAAAUCCCACUUGGCCUCGAGAGGGACGAGAGCCUGGCACUGUCUCCAACGAGGGUAGACUGGAAGGAAACACCCGAAGGUCAUGUGAUCAUGUUAGAUGUGCCAGGGUUGAAGAAGGAAGAGCUCAAGAUUGAAGUUGAGGAGAACCGAGUGCUGAGAGUGAGCGGGGAGAGGAAGAGAGAGGAAGAGAAGAAGGGUGAUCAUUGGCACAGAGUGGAGCGAUCCUAUGGCAAGUUUUGGAGACAGUUUAGGUUGCCUGACAACGUAGACUUGGACACUGUCAAGGCUAAGCUGGAAGAUGGUGUGCUUACAUUGUCUUUGGCCAAAUUGUCUCCUGACAAGAUCAAGGGUCCAAGGGUAGUCAGCAUUGCUGGAGGAGACGCCAAUGAACCUGCCAAGCUCAAAAGUAGCGAAGCAAAGCAGGAGCUUUAGAUGUUUUUCAUAAUUAACUUUGUUAAUGUUGAGACGAGUUUUUGCAGGAAAUAAGGUGCUGUGUUUUCAUGCAAUUUCGCACUACUAAUAUGAAUGUAGUGUAAGGAAAAGCUAUUGUGUAACUUGUGUUCUCUUAUAUGUGACAUGUGGAAUGGAUGGAAAGAAUAGACUCCA